AUGGCCAUCGUUCUAAGCAGCCUUGCGGCUCUUCAGUCCAAGGCAGACAGCAUACUUGUUGCGGUUGCGAUCCUUGUUGUUUUGAUGGCAGUCACACCUCUUGUUGGUCGUCUAACGUCUCCUCGAGGGGCCCCUCGACCCUUCAAAGGAUACGCCGGGCGUAAUUCGCCAACUUUUGCCAAGUCUCGAAACGAUUACCUUCGGCAAGGAAAGGAACAGAGUCCAGAUAAUCAGUUUAGCUUCUGGCAUGGCCCCCACCACAUGGUUUCUGUUUCUGGAGAGGUAGCAAGGACUGUCCUGUUAACAUCACGGAAGCUGAAUGCCCUAGCCGGAUUUGAUACUCUGUUUGGAAGCUUUCUCAAGAUUGAUAGCCUCACCAACAGUUAUGCUCGACUUGCACUGCUCACGUUCAAGCGAUGCGCGCAGGAUGAGCACAUUGAAUCCAACCUGCCUCGGCUCAUCGACGAUAGCUGCAGAUUCAUCGCUUCCAUAAACCCCUCUGAAGCAUGGGACCCAGUAAACAAAAUGGGCUACCUCAUGUAUCAACUGACUCACCGCAUGGUCGGGACUCACGACAUUGCCAACGACCCAGAACUGGUGGUCAGCACGAGGGACAUCUACAAGCCUCUUGACCACUCUUCUCUUUUCGAGAUAUGGUUUCCUUUACUCCCGACGCUGUCCAAACUGAGAAAGGCCUGGGCAUACACAAGACUGCAUUGGUUGGUCCAGGGUUUCAUCACCGACCGGCGCAAGACUGGGAGGAAGGAGAAGGAUGCCAUGCAGAUGAUGAUGGACCAGGAGUUCAAAGACGCGGUCAUUACCCUUGCAGUUAUCGGUGCCAUUCUAGCAGGCGUGCUCAACACAAGCAUCACCGCUGCAUGGAACGUAUGCUACUUGGCUAAAUGUCCCAUCUGGCGAUCCAAGCUCAGAGCCGAAGUUGAUCAAGUGCUUGUCAAGUAUCGACGCUCACCCAGCGAAGACGUGGUAGAAGUACUGCAGCGUCUUAAGCUGAAAGACUGGGAGAGAGAGUUUCCUCUUUUCGAGUUCACUCUAAAAGAGACGAUGAGAUUUGUCAUGGCAGGACAAAUUGUGCGAAAGAACAUUAGCAACAAGGGUGUCGCGGUUGGUGACACGGAUUUUAUUAUUCCACAGAACAGCUUCGCGGUUUACCCCGUCGAGGACGUCCAUAUGGAUCCUACCAUAUACAAAAAUCCUCUUGAAUGGGAUCCCAGUCGACAUGAUAAGAACCGAGCCGAGGGCUCAAAGUCUCCCCAUUCAUUCCUUGCAUGGGGCUCUGGAAACCAUACCUGCCCAGCUAUGAGGUUCUCCAAACUCAACAUUUUAGUGCCCACGGUCAUGCUGGUGGCUUUAUAUGACUUUGAGAUGUGUAAUGCCCAGGGCCAAACAUCCAAUGAAGCACUUCCGAGACUUAGCUAUGAUGGGAUCGGAGCAGGACGCCCUACAGGCAAAGUGUACGUGAAGUGCAGCUUAAGAAAGGAUGCCUAA